AUGGGUGAUCUCACACAAAUUACGCCCCCGAAGGAUCUGAGUGACGACGAGAGGGCUGCGGUAUUCCAGCAUGUUAUGCGUCGUCUCGCAGCCCGUCGGAAUACCGCAGAACUUUAUGCAUUAGCUGAGUAUAACCUCUCCGCACUCUCGGAAGCACGGAGGGAAAAUAUCAGGGCUUCUUUCGUGCGAUCUAUGAGUGAUUGGUGCCAGGAGCUGCUGAAAGAUGUCUGGUUGGCCUGUGGGGAACCUGGAGGCGUAGUUCCAACGCUCGGACCUCUCUCCGAUACAUCUUCUGUGGAUCUCCCCAGGCUUCCUGACAAGGAGCGCAUGAAGAAACUUCUCAACACGGUCCUCUUCCUUAAUGUUACCUCUAGCAAGACGUACUCUGCCCACACACGCGCUUUCCUGUCAUCGUUUGGCGUUUUAGACGAGGAAGCAGUCGUAGCGACUCUCAAGAAUCCAAAGCAUGCACUGGAAGAAGCACAGCGGAAGACCGGCAAUACCACGCGCGAGGCAUCAGAACAGUCCAAAACUCUCCGCAAUAUUGGCAUAGGCUUUGGAGCAGUCGCUGGCGGUGUGCUAAUAGGGGUCACAGGUGGGCUCGCAGCACCGCUAGUGGGCGCGGGCGUCACCACUAUCCUCGGCUGGCUUGGAGUUGGUGGCACUGCAGCGGGGCUAUUGGCAAGUGGCCUUGCUAGUUCCUCUGUCGUUUGUGGCGCUCUGUUCGGAGCGUAUGGGUCGAAAAGAACGGCCGAUACUGUGAGUCGAUACCUCAGAGAAGUUAACGACCUAGCUAUUGUCCCAGUUGGUGGGCCCAGAAAUACACUGGCGGUUAGACUCUGCGUUAGCGGCUGGCUGGACAAUCCUGAGGAUGUCAUUGCACCGUGGUCCAUUUUUGGCGGAGACGAUACAUUCGCCCUGCGGUGGGAGGUCAAGGCCUUGGAAGAUCUAUCCAAUGCUCUCACUGUUCUAAUCAAAGCGCAAACAAUGAAGUAUGUGAGAGCAGAGAUCAUCAAACGGACUGUCUUCGCCAGUUUGUUUGCGGCGCUCUCGCCUGCUGCAUGGCUGAAGCUUAUGCAAAUUAUUGAUAAUCCUUGGAUGACUGCAAAAUCUCUAGCGAGUAAAGCCGGGAAAGUGCUGGGAAAACUGCUUGCACAACGCGUCCUUGGUAACCGCCCCAUCACACUUGUCGGCUAUUCUCUCGGGUCCAUUGUGAUAUUCGAGGCACUACAGCACCUUGCCUCACUCCUACCGUCACAGACUGUUCACCUGGUCCAGGACGUCUUCAUUUUUGGGUCACCUAUCCCUGUCGACGAAGCAGCAUGGACGGCUGCCCGUCGUGUCGUUGCCGGCCGUUUUGUCAAUGGCUACGGCUCAAAUGAUUAUAUUCUCGCCGUCUUAUCGCGUUUGUCCAAUGCGAGCUGGUCUGUAGCAGGUCUCGAACAAGUGGUGGUCAAAGGCAUCGAAAACUUCUCGUGUGACCAAGUCGACGGGCAUCUCAAGUGGAGGACAAUGAUUGGACAAUGCUUAUACGCAUGUGAGGCACCAGACAUCAUCGGCAGUGAAAUGGAGAAACAAUUGGAAGGGGCGUCUGGGAAUACUCUACGGGAGAUGGAGAUGAACGAACGGGAUGUCGAUCGUGUGAUCCAGCAGGGCCCUGUGGACUGA